AUGUUAUUAGAUAAGCAAAUGUCAAAAACGAAUGCCUCCCGAUUUAUAACCGACGCGCGUUCCUUUCAUGUCUUCCCUUUCACGUAUUCAUUGUUGUUUUUCUUUUUACUUCUGUUUCUUCUUUCUGUCUCCUCUUUUUCUCUUUCUCUUUUUCUGUUGCUUUUCUCACUUUCUUUUGAAUCUUACUCCGAUCUUUUCUUUUUUCACCUUUUCUUCUAUUUACUCUUUCUUUUUUGUUUCUUUUCUUUAUUUUUUACUUUUGUUUUCUCUUCCUUUUUUAUUUGUUUUCUGUUUUUCUUUUCUUUCUUUUUGUUUUCCCUCCUCUUUUUAAACGUCCGCUCUGUUCUUUCUGCCCUCAUUUUUUGCUUUCUUUCAAAUUGGUUUCACUCCUCCUGCUCCUCCUCCUCCUCCGCCUUCUUCUUCUUCUUCUUCUUCUUUUAUAUUCUCCUUCUUUAUUUCCUCCAUUUAUUUUCUCGUCAUCUUAUUUUCUUACUGCUUUCUUUUCUGUAUCUCUUUUUUAAUUUGUUUUCCUACAUUUUAGAUUUUUUCUUGGAUUUUUAUUCUUUCUUUCUUUCUUUCUUUCUUUCUUUUUCACUUCCCAGUUCAUCCUGUCUUUUCCCUUCGUUUUUACCUAUCGUUAUUCACUGCAUUUUUUCUAUUUUUCUGUUUUUUAAUUUUCUUUCUUUCUUUUUCACUACCUUUUCUCAGUUUUUCUCUUUUUUCUUCAUUUGUUUUCGCGCCAUUUUCUUUUUCUAA